AUGCUCCACCUUAGCGAGUUUUCCGGCCCCGACGCGCUCCUAGUAAAGUCUACCGAGGGCUGUUGCUCUGAACCCAGUACCGACCUGACCCGGCUGCCCUCCAGGGACCCACCCGCAGCCACCGGCUAUCCGGCAGCAGGUGAUUUCUUGAGCUGGGCCUUGAGCAGCUGUGGCGCCGGGGAGUACUUAACCGACUCCUGCCUCCUGGAGGGGCCUGCGCCCACGUCUCCCCCUGGCCUCGGCUACAGUGGUAGCUUCUUCAUCCAGGCAGUACCCGAACACCCGCACGAUCCAGAAGCACUCUUCAACCUCAUGUCGGGCAUCCUAGGCCUGACACCUUUCCCCGGCGCUGAGGCGGCAGCAUCCCGGCCUCCUCUGGACGCUUUUCCCGCAGGCUCCGACGCCUUGCUGCCAGGUCCGCCAGACCUUUUCUCCCCGGAUCCGGGCGCUGCUGCUUUCCCAGAGGCGUUCUGGGAGGCCUCGCCCUCGGCAGGCGCCCCCUCACAGUGUCUGUAUGAGCCUCAUCUCUCCCCACCCGACGUCAAGCCAGGUCUCCGGGCUCCUCCGGCUUCCCCUGCGCUGGACACUGCCUCGGCCUUCAAAGGUCCGUACUCUCCAUGGGAGGUGCUCUCAGCCGGGGCUCCAGGGAGCUGUGGGUCACAAGGAGGCUACCAGGCCGCCCCGGAGGCCCGUUUCCCCCCGAUGGGGGCCAAGAUUGAAGACCUGCUGUCCAUCAGCUGCCCCGCGGAGCUGCCGGGUGGCCCUGCCAGCAGACUUUACACCAUGGGGACCUACGAUGCUUUCCCGCUGGCCCCGGGUGACUUAGGAGAAGGAGCCGAGAGCCUCCCGGGGCUCCUGACCCCUCCUAGCGGGGAGGGAGGGAGUAGCGGCGAAGGCGGAGAGUUUCUAGAUGGUACGCAGCCUGAGCUUUCCCCGCUGGGCCUUCGCAGCGCCGCAGCGGACUUCCCGAAACCUCUAGUGGCUGACAUCGCCGGGAGCAGCGCCGUGCCCGAACCUCCUGUACCGCCGCCGGCCCCAUUCCCCCCAGCCAAGGCGCGGCGCAAGGGGCGCCGGGGCGGCAAGUGCAGCGCACGCUGCUUCUGCCCUCGGCCGCAUGCAAAAGCGUUUGCUUGCCCGGUGGAGAGCUGUGUGCGCAGUUUCGCGCGCUCCGACGAGCUCAACCGCCACCUGCGCAUCCACACGGGCCACAAGCCCUUCCAGUGCCGCAUUUGCCUUCGCAACUUCAGCCGCAGCGACCACCUUACUACACACGUGCGCACGCACACAGGCGAGAAGCCCUUUGCCUGCGACGUGUGCGGCCGCCGCUUCGCGCGCAGCGAUGAGAAGAAACGGCACAGCAAGGUGCACCUCAAGCAGAAGGCGCGCGCCGAGGAGCGGCUCAAGGGCCUUGGCUUUUAUUCGUUGGGCCUCUCCUUCGCAGCCCUGUGA